GAGAAACUUGGUGUCCAGGGGAGGCCCCCGGCGGCUGGAGCGCGGCGGCAGCGGGCGCAGAGGCCGGAGGGAGAGGAGGCGAGGGGCGGCCCGAGCGCGGGGCGGGAGCGAGGCCAGCGGUCAUGUGCCCGUGCCCCCUGCACCGCGGCCGCGGCCCCCCGGCCGUGUGCGCCUGCAGCGCGGGUCGCUUGGGGCUGCGCUCGUCCGCAGCGCAGCUCACCGCCGCCCGGCUCAAGGCGCUCGGCGACGAGCUGCACCAGCGCACCAUGUGGCGGCGCCGCGCGCGGAGCCGGAGGGCGCCGGCGCCCGGCGCGCUCCCCACCUACUGGCCCUGGCUGUGCGCGGCCGCGCAGGUGGCGGCGCUGGCGGCCUGGCUGCUCGGCAGGCGGAACUUGUAGGAACGCGGGGCUUCUUGGUGGGGCCGGAGCCGAGACCCAGCCGGAGCAAGCAACAGGUUGGUGAAAACCCUGUGUCCUUGGAGAAAGCUGGUUCCCGUUUUCCAGAGGGGGAGCCCAGAGCUUGAAAGGCCACGGUUGGCACUUCGAGAAGGAAGUGGAGAGUAAAGACAGCGCCUGGAGCGAUCGUAGAAACACAGAAUGGGACUGGGGAAGCCCUUUGGAAAUCCAGCUGCAGAAACAGACACCCCAAUGCUAUUUACAUACAGCUCUAUAUAUAUAUAAAAAAUAUGAAUAUUACGUAUCAGUGCAUGCCUUGUCAAGGACGUGGUUGCCUUCCUUUUCUGCACCUUGCGAUGUGAACUUUGAUAUUCUGUAAUGUCUGGGGCGCCAGAAGAGAGAUGCCUGCUGUGUACUUAGAAACUGUUUGCAAAGACUGGUGGGAAUUAGCCCUAGCAUCGGCCAACUGCCUGGGGAUAGAUGCUGGUGGAAUAAGAGGUAACAGUGCAAAAGGCAUGAUAGGAAAAAAAAAAAAAAAGGUGAGGACUUGGGGCCAAUUGUGCAGGGGCAGUCUGGGGUGCCUCCAUUUCUUGACUCAUCCUAGCCUCUCCCGCUGUACUUACUUAGGUCGAUCGCUAGAUCCCACUGUCACAUCAAGAGAAAUGGGAUUUUUGUGUCUCUGGUGCUUCACUUAAAAUUUUGCUGGUGCUAAGUGCGUUCCUGCUGGUGCUGCUGUGGUAUUCUUUUGACAGACUUGUUGGAAGGCCAGGGAACAAGAGAGAUUUCUAUUUUGCUGUUUCAGAUUCUUUUUUUUUUUUUUUUUUAAGGGACAAGUUGCAAAAGUGCCACUUGAGAGUCUCUUCUUUUUCUCUACGUGGGGACAAAUAUCCAGAGGUGGUUUGGAGCAAACCUUGGGGUCUAGGAGGGAGGGUGGCAUUGAGAGGCUUGCUGGUGAUGAGGCAGAAAGCUGACCUCAUGCAUGACUUGGUUGCUAUCUCCUCCACCCCCACAAAAGUGUCCUCGGAGUUCAGCCCACAGCCUCCUCCACUCCCCAAGGGGAUUUCAGGGUUUAGGUUUUAUGGAUUAAAGAGCCAAGAAAUGGCUACAUUCUGGUCAAAGAUGAUUUAUAACCAGGGGACGUUGGGGGAGGGAGUGGGCCAUUUAAAUGAAAGGCACCAGCAUCUCACUGAUUGACAGAGGUCUGAUUUUUUUCCCCCCAAGGAUAAGCUACUAUUUUCAGAAGUUUCUAGAAGGGCUAAAAAAAAGAUGUGUGCUGGACGGAGACUUGGCUGCAAAGACUCUUCAGGGAGCAGUGAUUAUUUUUUGCUUUCAUUUUCGAAAAAUCCAACAUAAGCACGUAUUCUUCCUCUGUGCAGGAUACCACACACUGCCAUUUUCAAAGCCGAGGUGGCGAGGUGUCAGGCUGCAGAUUCGGACAGUCAUUCUCCAAGGCUCCAUUUGCAAGUCACCACCUGGUACCUAUAGACAGAGGGUCCAGCAGGCUGGUUAGCAGACACCGCUCCAGUUCUAAGAAGCCAGCAGUGGGAUCCACGUUUGUUAAGGUGGAUGCGGCUGAAAUGGGAAUUAUCCCCCCAUAGGCUUUGCUGUAAAUGACCAGGUCUUUUAGAAUGUACAGCCUCUCAGUGCUGCUGCAAGCUGGGAGCUGGAUUUCUUUCUGUCUUCUUUUUAAAAUCCGUUCCUUGUGUUUUCCUAAAUAGCCCUUUAAAGAGAAAUGUAACCCCAGGGCUGCUGAAUGUGAGGGAAGGCUCCCCCAGCUUUGAACUCAGCAAGGCAAAAAAAAAAAAAAAAAAAAAACAAAAAACAAAAAAACCCGCUUAUUUUGGGGGAACCUGCUUCUCCUCAUUACUCAUGCCCUCCCCCUAGUUGAUGUUUGCAGGGGACCCUCGCUUAGCUGGGGGUUGCAGAGAGCAGCAGGCGAUAUUCCCACCAAGCCACGAACUUGGAGAAGGCAAAUUCAUCAGAAUAAUAUGAAAUACAGUCUCUGCUUCUAUUUAAUCACUUUCUUAGCCACAGACUAGGGUCUUUCCAGCUCACCCCGUUUUCUGGGGAGAGGCUUCCAUUACUACACAGUUGUACCUAAUCACAGUUCUCUGCUUCUUUAAGGCUGUACCUUCAAGGUCGUAGUGGGGGCAUGCUGACCACAUAGACACAGGAGAAGAUGAAAGGUGAGAGGAUCCCUUUUUCAUCCCCGACUUGCCUGCUGGCUUUUGAUGUUUCCCCUAGAGGAUCCAAACUCCAAACGCUGGGGUUGGCAUCUUGGGUGAUUUUGAUUUCAAUGAAGCCACUUUGCUGAGAGAACUGGGGCAUCCAUGACCUCCUGGUAGAGCUUCCCAGCCAAGUCCCUUGUAGAUAUUCUCCUGUUUUAUUAGAGACCAUGUAUUUAUCAAAUCCUGGCCUUUUCUUGCACAUCAUUCUUUGGAGUGCACUUCUCGACUGCCCCGAUUUUUGACAAGGGGUUGUUUUUAAUGCUUGUUUUUAUAUGAGAUUUGACUUCUUGAUGGACAUUUGUAUUAGGAAAUUGAAGCAUGAUAUAUAUGUAUAUAUUGUCUCCACCAUCUCUCCUGUUGUAUUGCUUGGAUUGCAUGAGAUAGUGGGGUGGUUCUUGUUUUUUAAAAAAUAUUUCCACAGUGUGCAAAGUGCUGGCAACAUCCCUCCCUCUCCUCCACCCCCCCACUUUUCUCUGGCUGCCAAGGAGUCAUUGAUUUUGAUUAGCUUCACUGCAGAGCGUCUGUGAAGAGAGAGAGAAAGGGAGGGAGGCUUUGAAAUGAAUUUUAAAAAAGACUUCAUAUCGGGUUUCAGCAGACAGCAGUGUGUGUGUGUGUGUGUGUGUGUGUGACCGUACAAGCAGAGGGAGGCCUCUGAGAUCAUCGUUUAGGUAACUUGCUGCAUAAUGAGAUGAAGAGACUUUUGCCUCUUCAUUUCUGAUGGUGCUGCUUGCUCUCAGAGAGUGGGGAGCCAGGAACCUCAGGGACUGGAGCCCCCAGGACUUCAACACUCCGAAUGAGAUCCAGUCCUUUCUGGAAGCUUCUCACCCCUACGUGAUACCCCACAAACAAAUACAAUCUCUUCAAAUUUGGGGGUCCGUUUCCUAUUGUCUUUGUUAUUGGUGUAGCUUGAGUAGGAAGUUUCUCCGGGGAGCCCAUUAGCCCCACUGGCUGCUGUCCGUGGUCCUAGGCCGUGCGCGUCUCCUAGAGCCCAGUUCCUGUUUUUUGUUUGUUUUGUUUUGUUUGUGGUUUUAUUUUGGCCGUGCACAUCUCUUAGAGCCUAGUUCCUGUUUUUUGUUUGUUUGUUUGUUUUUAUGUUUUUAGCUGCCUUCAUUUGGGUACUGGGGACUUCUUUUCCACUUCUGCUUUAUUUUGAGACAGAGUCUCGCUCUGUCGCCCAGGCUGGAGUGCAGUGGUGCGAGCUUGGCUCACUGCAACCUCCACCUCCCAGGUUCAAGCGAUUCUCCUGCCUCAGCCUCGCGAGCAUCUGGGAUUACAGGCACACACCACCAUGCUCAGCUAAUUUUUGUAUUUUUAAUAGAGACGGGGUUUUACCAUGUUGACCAGACUGGUUUUGAACUCCUGGCCUCAAGUGAUCCAACCGCCUUGGCCUCCCAAAGUGCUGGGAUUACAGGUGUGAGGCACCGUGCUCAGCCUCCACUUCUUAUUUUGAUUCUUUUCUGUUUUGAUGAUGAGAGGAAAGGGUGAUUUAAACAAUACCGUCACAGAAAAAUGAAACUGUGACUGGUUUUCACAAUGUAUGUAGCUGAUCUCAUGUUCUCCUAUUAUUAUGUUUCUGACAGUGAUAAAAUACCACUCUCCCUCCGUGGGGCAUUAGGGGAGUCCUCACCCACCCACCUCCUCCGCAAGUAUCUUUUAGGGACACCGGUUCACCAUUGUGGACUUUUUGAGUGUCCACCUGAUAUUACAAGUUACAUUGACCAGAACACAGAUUUUGUUCUUCUGUGUCAAUACCCGUUUCUUUUCUGAAGGUCAGAAGUUGGUUAAGGGUUUGGGGGACCGGCUAGACACUCUUCUUAUCCCAUGGAGCUGACUGGAAGUUCCAUGAGGGGAGGAAAUUGAUGUCAAAGUGUCAUUUUAAAGCUUAAGCUGAAAGUUUAUUUUUAAAAUUUUCAUUCAUUCAUUUAGCAUAUAUUUAUUGAGCAUCUACAAUGUGCCAGGCUGUAGAAUUCCAUCUCAGAAGAGACUUGACUUAUGGAUGGUGGAGGGGACAGUCCUGCUCGGAAGCAGAUGAUGUGAAAUGUCCCUUUCCAGUCUGGUUCACGACAUUUAACAGAUUUUUCAGGUCACCACUGUGACCCCAAGCCUUGCUGGCAGAUUGUUAUAUAGUAUUGACUGAGAGCCCCGCUAUCUGGUAGAGGCAGUUAAAAAGCCUGCAAUCUCGACUCAUUUCCAGCAUGAACAGACUGGUCCUUGCUGCUUUACACAAUAGUCAAAGCUACCUUUUAUGGCGUGCUCGCCACUCCCAAGCCCUGGGUGAAGUGCUUUACCAUCUUCCCUCCGCGAUGCCUCAUGCCCACUUUAGCAGAUAGUACUGUUAUCAUUCCCAUUUUACAGUGGAGGAAGCUGAGGCUCAGCGAGGUUGAGUAACUUAGCUGAAGGCCACACCACCAGCGAAGUGCCUGAGCCAAGAUUUGGACUGGAGUCCAUGGGACCCCCACGCUCACGAGCUGACUGCUCUGCUCCACUGGUUCCCUUCAUGAGGUCACCCACAGCACUGCUAGUUCCAGGGCGAGUGCCAGCACAUGGCCCCACUGGGAGCCAGGGGCCUGACUUAGGUCCACUGGAAAAAGUGUCACCUUUGGGGACACUCAAGGACAGGCUGGUUGGAUUCGUUGUGGAUUUUAUAUACUCAUGCCCUCCCACUAUGUUCCUGGUUUCUAUAAGGUCCCAGGGAAGGUGCAUGGAAUUUGCAAAUAGGGCCUGUAUGACUUAUUUCCUAGGACACAGGAAGCUUUUUUUACCUCCUUCCUACCCUCUUCUCCAACCUGAACUCCCAAGUUCCUUCUCCCGAAGGUCUUUUGCACUAUAAGCGCCAAGGAAGCUGUGCGCGUGGCAGGGACGGCUGGGAGGGUAUCUGGAGAACCUUAGUGAGGCCUCUGGCCUAGCCAGAGAGGCAAUAAGCUUGGGGAUGUUCCGUUCUGGGUUCUGACGUUGUUGGUUCUGACGUCGUUGUGCUCUUUUGUAAGAGGAAUUUCAUACCUUGGAGACGCUUUGUACAUAUUUGUAAUGACUUUAUUAAAAAAUUGGUUGUGCACUUCUA